GUUUUGUCUUUGUCAUUGAGUAAUGUCAAUGGUGGUCCAUGUCUAUUUUUAGGUUAUAGUAAUAAUGUGAAUUUUCGUUUAAAACUACUUAAAAUUAAACAAAAUGGAAUUCAUACAUCAACUGAAAAUAGUUUUGAUUACUAUUAUUGCUGUUUUGUGUUCAAUAUUAUUGUUCAAUUUAAUCCGUAAACUACGGUCUGUCCUUCCAUGGCGAGUCAACUGCUGGUUUUGUAAUCAUAACCAAUGGGUAAAAUACCCUGAAACUAACUGUUGGACUUGUCCAAAAUGUGAGCAGUACAAUGGGUUCACUAAGGAUGGGGACUACAACAAGCAACUGUUUAAUCACAAUGACCAUAAUUCCAAAAUACCUAAAGUAUUCAGGAAAAGUCCCCCAAAGAAUGGAUUGUGUAAGAUGUGUAACAUCAACCAACAGCUGAAAGUGGCACAACUUGCUAACUUUGUUCCUAUGAAUGAGAGGAACUAUGACAAUGAAAUUGACUCAUACAGAUUACAGCUAGAAAAAGCAUACAAAUUAUGCAGUCCAUGUAAGAAAGUAGUACAAAUGAAAUUGUAUAAAGAGAAAGAAUCUCUGCUUGGAUCCAAAUUACUGCAUUCUAGAACUCCUGAAAAAAAAUGUCACAUAAAAUCUAAAGAAAAUGAAAUGCUCACAAACACAAUAUCAAAAAUUACUUUGACAAUAGUUGCAGUUCUUAUUGCACUUGUAUCUAUAGAAUGCUGUAGAAAACUUAUCAGUGAAUAUAACUUAACUAAAACACUAGUUAACUACAAAGAAAUUGUAUAUGGACUUAUAGAGAGAUUAGUCUCUAUCGUGAAAGUGAAGUCUUUAGUGACAUUCCCAUCUUUAAGUAAUUUACAUCAUGUAACCAGUUAUUUAAAUAUUGACAUUAUCCCAAAUUACUUUUAUGACUAUUUUAACUUAAAAUCUUUUGACCAAAUGAAUGAAAUGCUCCAAGAAAUUUUUGGUGGUAUUUGUUGCUUGAUACAGAUACUGGGACAUGUCCUUAAUGUAAACAGGCAGAAGUAUGCCUUCAUCAAUGAUAUUUUAUUGACUGCAUUUAUGACUGUAUGUAUGGCACAGUAUUCUGUGCCUACUUCUCCCAUUGUCUUAUGUUUCGUGAAGUUACUUUGUAUCUGCAGUGUUUUUGUUGCCAAUGUAAUUUGGAAAACGAAAGUUCCAAAGUCGUCAAAAUCCCAGAGUCCACCGAGCAAAAUGAAGAACCUUGCACGAGCUAACUUCCUGGUGGAAGAUGACGACACAUCAGCUCUUGACACUGAUGAUGAUGUUUCCUUGAGCAAGUUUGGAGUGCACAACUACACAGACUCUUCAAAUGAGGCUAGCCCAUUGAACUGCAGUAAGAUCAGUGGAAGGAUGUUUACACCCCGCACUAGUGACUCAGCUUGGUCAAAACCCAAGCUGAAUUCAACCUUUUGUGUCAAUUCUAUGACAAGCAAAAGUCCCAGUUCUGUUUCAGAGACAGUUUUUGUGAAACCGUCAUUUAACAAAUAUCAAAAAUUUAUGAAAGAAGAUUCAGAUUCCGAGCUAGAUGACAGCAUCAGCACAUUGUGUAUAGGCAGCCCUCGGAAGGCUAAAAGUCAGACUAACUCAAUUUUUUCCUUGCGGAAGUUCACCGCCACUCCUAGUUUUGUGACUCCCGCAACUACUUUCAAUGGGCGGCCUCUGAUAUCUCCCAGCAAGCUCGGCCACGGCACGUCCUGGGUGGCCGGCGGGUACUGGGGCACGGAGGCGGAGAGGCAGAUAUUCGUGAACGGGAGUCGUUCCUCCAGCCAGAGCUCUGGCUUCGAGUCGCAAGCGUCUAGCGUGAAUCAGAGGAAUGUUUUUUCAUCAGAAUCGGAUUGCAUUGAAGCAGACAGAGCUGCCAUGUUGAUGGAUCGGUUCCAGGGCUGCAAUAUGUCCAACUAUCCUCAGCAGAUGCCCCAGAAUUUUAGCCGCGUGACUUCUCCGGUGUAUCCGUCCAUGCAGUACAACGGGCACGUGCACAUCCCGCAGGCGCGCAUGGCCGCCGCCCCCGCGCCCCCCGCCACCCCGGCGCACUUUACACCCGGCAACAUGUUCAUAGCCCCAGGCGGGUCCGGAAUCAUCAAACUACCUCAAAUGAGUUCUUACUCUUCGCGCUAAUACUCUUUCUUCAUAAAAUUUCUAGUUCAAAUCUUUUCAUAAUAUGUAUUUUUUUACUCAACUUUCGUCAUAAUUUUUUAUGUUUUGUAAAACUGCCAUUAAGUUAAGAAAUCUUGUUAAGUUAUUGCAUCUUAGUUGUUAAGUGGUUGUUAGUUCAUAGCGUUUAACUAAUCUUAGUAUUUAAGACAUGUUUGCUGAUCUCUUAUGUGCCAGAUGAUGGCUUGUGAAAACAUGAAGAAUUAUUAUAUUGUUAUAAAAUUUAUAUGGACGUCACUGUCCGUGUCAUGAAAUAAAAUGAUGUGAUAUUAAAAGACUCCUUAAUUUAGGUGAGAAAAUGAUUCUUGAUGUUAUCAAUUUACUUUGACUUUGUCAUCUUAAAUCGGAUACUUUUUGUAAAGCUCCUGCAAUAAAAAGUGUAAAAUGUA